AUGUUCAAGAAAGGAUCGAGCCUCGGGGAGCUGUUCGGGAUCAAGCAGCAACAAGGACAACAACAACAACAACAACAACAACAACAACAGAAUUCUUCGAACGCAAAUUCGAGACAACAACAACGCAACUCAUCUUCGACAACGCCGAUUGCGAACAAUAACAACGUCGUCCCGUCGUCGAUUCAAGAUCUGGGGAAAGUCUACGACCGAGCGAAAGAUUUACUGGAGAAAACCAGACAGAGAAACCAACUCGGGUUCGAGGAGAAUAACCCGGAUAUCGAGAAGAGGCAAUUUGCGCGUCUGAAUGAAAUUCGAAGGCUAACGAAUGCGAUGAAAACGAGCGUUCAUACGACUCAAGGCAACACAAUGUUUGAAGAUGUGAACGAAAAAAUGGCGUGGGAACAACAGGUGAAAUACUUUGAGGAGGAUUUAGAGAGCGCGGUGGAAGUGGCGAUGAGAGUGAGUGGUGGUGCGACGAUGCCGAACGCGUCGCCGAUGUUUGCCGGGAUGAACGUAGUGGCGUCCAACGCGCCAGAGGAGUUUGCUUUUUCACCGCCGGUGAACGACUUGAGAACGCCACCACCGGUAGCUACGACGGCUCCGCCGGUGAUGGUGGAUUUGUUCGCCGGGUUGAACGUGACGCCAACGCCUGCCGCCGCCGAGGCUUCUCCUCUACCACCUGCUCCUCAUCCCGAAAAAGAAGAAGAAAAAGUGGCAGAAGAGAAACGAGAGAUUGAUUUUGAAGGAAUGAUGCCAUCAGUUCAAACUUCAGCGAUGGAGGUGACAACGACAACAACAAACAUAAAAACAACAGUAGAAGACAGCGAUAGAAAUAAGAUAGCUCAUGAUGAUGAUGAUGAUAGAAACAAAACUAGCUCUUCUAUUGGAUUUGGAUUACAACAAGAAGCUUUACCUUUGGACGAAGAUGCUUUCGGUGAUUUCCGAGAUGCGUCGUCUGCUGCGGACGUGCCUCCGUUGCCGACUUCUGCGGUUGUAGAGCCAUCUGUUCAACCGCUAGAUGAUGAGGAUGAAGAUGGAUUUUUUCCGAGAGAAGAGGAAGCGGUAGAAAUACCAUCUAUGGAGGAACUUCAACAACAGGGAGGAUUGACGAGUGGAUUAGACGACGCAUUAGAUGAAAGCGACGAUUUUCUAGAAGAUUACGCGAGCGCCACGCUGAUGCACGAAGCUGUUAUUUCUCCACCCGCCGUAGUAGAAACUCAUCCGAUAAAUCCGCCGAUAAACAAAGCAUCGGCUUCGGCGAAUACUACAAUGUUACGCAUCCCUUCGUUUACAAACGAGGAUGUGCCGAUCGGGAACUCGCCCGGCGCUAAAAGAUUUCAACAGAAGACGAAGUUUGCACGAGAAACUAAAGUAUCAGCAGAAGCACUAGCGAAAGGAGAAGAAGAAGGAGAAGAAAAGACAAAAGUUAAUAGCGUAGAAGCAAUAGCAAACGCGGUGGAAUCAGAACGAGUCGUGAGUGAUAUCGUUGAAAAGGGUCAUUUUCCUGGGAGUAGGAGUCUGGACGAAAGUCCCAAAGUGAGCACUCCAGUGCUUUCACCCGCACAUAGCUACGGUGGCGGUGGUGGUGGUGGUAGUGGUGGCGACAGUGGCUCUUUGCAAACAAGAGAAUCUACGUCCGAACCGUUUACGCCGGUGUAUUCGCGCGUCACGACUCCAACCUUAGAACUUUCCCCAGACGCGAUGAUACCAAUAAGUCCUGGGUCGCCGAUGAUCUUCAAUUCGCAAGACCAAGAUUUUAUUUUGCAAAACUUUGGGAUACAAAGAGUCGCUUUAGAUUUGGAAGUCGCGAAUGAGGUCGACAAAGUUGUAGAAGCGGCAGAAUCGUACGUGCGCAUGCGUCGCCUGUCGUGGGAAAAUGCGCAGCGAUUGAAAAUGGAAGCGAGCAACAAAAGAUUGUCUUCGGCGACGAAUGCUACCCAACAUCUCAAGCGCAAAUCCGAAUUGCAAAAACAACAAGACGACGCCAUACGAAACGAUGAUUUCGAGCUUGCAGCAGAUGUCGAGGAGAAGUUGAAUUCACUUUCAAAACAGAUUAAAGAUACAGAAGACGCGCUGAAUGCGGCAGAGUUACAGCACGCCGAGCGCGUGCGCGCCUCUUUAAGCGCGCUGAACGAAUGGGCACACGCCGAGAUUGAAGCGUCCAACAACAUAGAUAAAUUCGUUUCGGAUAAAGAAGAGAAGUGGGCUCGAGAGAAAGAAGAAGAAGAAGAAGCGAGAAAAAAAGUCGCAGCUGCGGAAGCUGCAGCAGCAGCGUCUUCAAACAACACUUCGUCGGAGCACGAACGUCUCGUUCUACGCGCGACUGAAACUGAAGACGCGCUGAAACUCGCAGUCGAGAAAAGCCGUGAGAAUGAAGCAAAGACGAGUGAAAUCGAGGACGAGAGGAAAGCAAUGGAAACAAAAGUGAAUGAACUUAAAGAAGCGUUGCAAAUUGCAGAAAAUGAGCUGGAACAUCUUGCAAACAAAGCCGCUUUGGAAUCCGCGAACGCUGAAAAAGCGAAUCGAUUAGUAAGUUCGUGUAGAGAAACGCACGAAACGAGCAAAGCCGCGUUGGAGUCGUACAAUGAAAAAGUUCGAGAAGAAGAGCGCAAAGAAGCACACAAGCAGCAAAUGCAAGGCGGCACAUCUUCCGAAACUGAGGAGCUCAUUGGUAAGAUGAAAGAACGAUCGGAGCUCUAUCGCCGCGCUGGUUCUGAGCGUUUACAAACGACCGAAGAAUCCAGCAUCAGUGACGAGUUGCAACAGUUGGUCAUUCACGAAACGACGAACACGAUACUCUCCAGCGAGGCACAAAGCGAAUUAAAACGAGAAGAAAGCGACAACGCGCGAAUCAAUGCCGACCUCGCCAACGCACUUUCACAAGAACGCGACUGUCAAACUCGCUUGACCAUUUUAGAGCGUCGUAAAAACGAACUCCUCGCUCUGAAACAGUCGCACGCGGCUGCGAAAAGCUUCAAAGAAGCCUCGGAAUGCGUCAACGAGCUCAACGCUAAAAUAUUACCCGAAUUGGAACAGUUGAACACCUUGCUCGUGCAAAAGAAAAGAACGGUCGAAAGCUUGCAACUCCAAUUCUCGGAAUCCGAAACCAAAGUCGGAUUGUGCAGAGAAAAGUUCCGCGAGGCUGAAAAAGUCUGCGCGCAGAGUCGAAAAGUACGUCUUCAAACUGAAUUGAACACCAAGAAUUCUUCCGAAGACGAGAGUGAAGUGGAGGCGUUAAAGUGCGCGUUGGAGUUGCUCGUGUUGAAGCACCCGGAAGUUUAA